AUGUUUAAGUAUCGCAUCCAGAUGUUUUUCAAUGAACUCAAAGUGUUGUUAUUGAUGCGCUCUGGGUCAAGCAGGAGGACUGAAACGGGCACAGACCCGGACACGCAGACCAGGAUGCGAGGGCUCGCUAUAGGAGGCUGUGGUUGGCCGCCGUUGAGCUGCUCUCACCGGGAUGAUGAGGAGGAAUAUUAUGGCUCUGACUCCCGGCCACGCAGUCUGGAAUUGGAGGAUACAGAAGAAAACAAAUCUGAGGGAGAAGGACUGGACGCCACUUCCCUUCCGAGUCUCUCAGAGAGCGGGAUGCGAUCACCGCAGUGCCGGAUCUGCUUCCAAGGCCCGGAGAAGGGAGAGCUGUUGAGCCCUUGUCGCUGUGCUGGCUCUGUGCGCUGUACUCACCAGUCCUGCCUUAUCCGCUGGAUCAGUGAGAGAGGCUCCUGGAGCUGUGAGAUCUGCUACUGCAAGUACCAGGUCCUGGCCAUCAGCACCAAAAACCCACUUCAGUGGCAGGACAUCUCUCUGACUGUCAUUGAGAAGGUGCAGAUUGCAGCCAUCAUCUUGGGCUCUUUGUUCCUCAUCGCCAGUAUCUCCUGGUUGGUGUGGUCCUCUCUUAGCCCUUCAGCCAAAUGGCAGCGGCAGGACCUUCUCUUCCAGAUAUGCUACGGCAUGUAUGGCUUCAUGGACAUAGUUUGUAUAGGCCUUAUAAUCCAUGAAGGAUCGUCUGUUUACCGGAUCUUUAAGCGCUGGCAGGCGGUGAACCAGCAGUGGAAAGUGCUGAAUUAUGAGAAAGCAAAGGACUCAGGUGACCCCAUCAGUUCGAGCAGUAAAGGUCGUGUUGACAGGAACUCGGACAGCGGACAGAGGGCGAGUCGACAUGGGACUAUUCUCAACCACCACUGUGGCUAUACCAUUUUGCACAUCCUCAGCCAGUUAAGACCCAGCAGUCUACGCAGAGCCAACCAUGAGGUGGUCAUGAGGGUGACCACUGUAUGA